AAACACUCAAACUAAACACCUUCUUAUUUUCCCCUCUCUCUCUCUCUCUCUCUCUCUCUCGGUUAUACAUCCAGGCAACAAAACCCAGAGACUUCAACUUCUCAAAUACACAAUACACACACACAAACAUGAGAAUCACCCACUGACCUAACCCCUUCCCCCUCGUUCAACUGACCGGCCGCCAGAACCAAAUAACCGGCCGACCAAACCCACUCACACCUCACCUACACCCUCCGAUCUUCGUUAAUCCGACAACCAGAGGUCACCAGCUGGCCAUGAGCGCCCACAGCCGGUCCAGAUCAGCAGCGGAGAGGCCAGAGACUGAGACAAGAGAGAUAUCGGAGAUCGAUUGAAGAGGAGAGAGAGAGAGUAACCGAUAGAAGAGAAGAGCCGCCGCACAUGGCGGAGGCGCGGCGGCGGAACCAGAAACACGGGAUAAAUGAGAAGGAAGGGGGCGACGUGAUGAUGAUGACGGAGAUGGUGGUUCUGGUGGCGAAGGGCGAAGCCAGACAACCGUCUCCACCCGACAAAAACUCCAAUUUUGGGCUUGUGAAGAUGGCCGACGUCAGCCGGAGCCACGCCGUCGGUGAACGGCGGUGGCUGUGGAGGUGGUUAUGUGGUUCGGAUUCCACGGGUUCUGAUUUCGUUUGGUGGGUCUGGGUAAGAGACGUUACAAGUUCACAGCUUUGGUUCGACUCCGGUUCGGGUCAGAUUUUGGAGCCUCAGGUUUUAGGUCAACAGAAGUCAAAGGCAGUCAAACAUAGUAUUUCGGCUUGUGUUUCAGUGUUUGGGUCAGAGUUCGGGUCCGGGUCGACUCGAUCAAACCCGAGUCAACUCGGUCAACACAGUCAAACCGAGCCAACUGAGUUGACUCGGUUAGUUCAGUUAAGCGGCUCGACAUUUCGACAUGAUGAUUUGGUUGCAUUUUCAAAGUUAAGGCACGGUUGGAAUAGGAGAACCAUGUGGAGUCAAGUACUUAGUGGCGUUCAUUUUCUAAAAGACCUAGCUUAUUUGCUUCCGCUGUGCAAUGAAGAUACCGGUCUAGUCACGCCAAUGCUCUGAUAAUUUCAGGGUGUGACAUGUUUGCCCAUCCCCAAUGCCUAUCAACAUUGGUCAUGUGGUUAAGGUCAUUAGUUCACGCCUGUCUUCCCCGGUACAGUGUGAGGUUGUCAAGCCUAAUAGCGUUAUCAACUAAUACCCUGUUGCCUCCCCGGUAACAAGUUCGGUAGUAAGAUGGGACUUAAAGUGGUAGAGUUGAGUGUAUUAUCCAACAUUGAAAUUAAACCCAGUAAUAAAAGUAUUCCUCCCCGGAAUAACCAGUUUGUUUGUCCCUCCACGGGACGCAUGCUUGUAAAAUAGUAGUGAACUCACCUUAGAUUUGCUCGGUAAGUUUCUUACUUGUUCAAGGUUGAUCAACCACGUCCUAAUAUGGUUACCAUUAACAGUUAGGAAUUCAUCCAAGUAUUUCAUGUAUUUAACAGAUUGCAUGCACUAAAAUCAUCACGUAGCAUAUAACAGUCCAUUCGGGCCACGUACGAGUUCACACACAAAUCCAUGAUCCCCAAAUAAAAGCUUAACAGUCCAAUACAUUUCCAAAUACAUGUGCGGCCCAGUCAGUUCUAGGCCCAAACAUAGUGUGCGAUCCAACUACUGUUGAUGGCC